AUGCCUCUAAAAAAUGAAAUUUCAUACAAUGCAAUGCUUGCAGGCAAUGUGCAAGACAAGAAAAUGGACAUUGCAAGGGAGUUCUUUGAGGCAAUGCCUUGUCGGAAGAUAAUUUCAUGGACUACCAUGAUUACUGGCUAUUGUCAGAAUGGUGGUAUAGCACAAGCUAGAAAAUUGUUUGAUGUAAUGCCUCAGCGCAAUUGUGUUUCUUGGGCAGCUAUCAUUGCUGGCUAUGCUCAGAAUGAACACUUUGAGGAGGCUCUUAACAUGUUUGUGGAGAUGAAACGAGAUGGGGAAAAUUCAAAUAGCACAGAUGAAGCUAAUAAUGUGUUUGAAGGAAUAGAGGAGAAAGAUGUCGUCUCUUGGAACAUUAAGAUAGCUGGUUAUGCUAGGCAUGAAUUUGGUAGACAGGCUUUAAUUUUAUUCGAAUCAAAGAAGAAAGCAGGUGUUAAACCUGAUGAGAUUACAAUGUUAUGUGCAUGUAUGAACCGGUACCAUCAGUACUUCAUAUUUUAUCCUGUUUGGUUUCUAGGGGGUAUAAGCUUGGGAAGUGUGAAUUGGAAAGGUUUGGGCUGGAAUUAG